AUGUCUAUCGACUUCAGCCGUAGAAAGGGACGCAGCACACGCGAUGCAAGCAACUCGUCCCCGGGCCGCCUUUGCGUAGGAUGGAGGAUUGCCGAUUGGACCAAGAUAUACUACGAGCCCAUCAUUAAAGACAACGAAGGCGACGCGAUCGAUCCCAACGAUGACGAAGAGCCAGAGAUGGGUCUGUACUGCCACGGAAGCGGCUGUCCACAGAAACGUGAACCUCUUGACAGCGAAAUCUUCUGGCACGCGCACUUCGAUCUUGCAAACCAGCCUAGCAAGGCCAAGAAGCAUAAAGGAGUGCUGCAGAAGCGGUUCCUGUAUGACGCUUGGCGGUACUGUGCCGAGACCGACCUGGCAAGGAUUGAGGAGAUGGAGAUCACGUUCCACCGGCCACUUUCUCGGCAUUGGCAAAGCUGGUUCGACAUGGCGGAGAAGUGGAAGAAGACUGAUAGUAAGCGGCGGGCCGCGAACAGGAAGAAAAAGAUGGACAUUGUCAGGCAGAGUGAUAUCGACCCGAAGGACGUUGACAUCAACUCCGAUGACUCCGAUGACUCUGGUUUCGAGGACGAUGACGACAUGCCUGGGGCAUUUGCUGGUCCUAUGGGUCCGCCACCACGACCAUCUCGAGAUGGUGCUGGGUCGAAGCGGAAGGGCUCGACGGCGGCAUCUAGUAGAGAGGGUCCAGCGACCAAAUAUUUACGAGCUAAUCCCAUGAUGACCGGCGCUGGUAGGCGGGCACGUAAUAGUCGGGCAGGCUCAACGUUCUCGGACGGAUCUAAAAGCGUGCUUAGACGACUCCCCAAGAGCCGCAUAAUUGACAGCGAUAACGAGGACGAUGCACCGAGUGUGAUGAGCAAUGUUUGGGAAGACCAGCACCCAUCACUGCCGCUUCGUGACGGCACACGACCACUAUCACGUUCUUCGAGACACUCAUCUAGGGUCAUUCACAGUCCAGGCCGUGCCAACAGCGCUGAUAACGAUGACAACGAAGGCGAUGACCUUGCCGACACCACCGCAGCACCGCGAUCAGGACCUCGCAUAUCAAGUGGUGAAGGCGGAGCAGCCGCAGACUUGCCUCUGACACCACCAUCGACAUCGGCAUAUAAUCAGCGGACUACCUCACGCAGAACAACAAAGUCUCCAACACAACGCCGAAUCUCUUCCCGCCACGCAAGCGUCCAUAGAGAAUCCGAAGAUCCCAGCGGUGAGCUGAAACCCUUUCAUCAAUGGGCGCCUGACAAUCGUGCCAACAAUACGAUUUUCGGCUCAAGCUUGUUCACGAGUCAAGAGCCCGAUAAUGGGGCGGACGCAGAUGCCGUUGUCGAGGAGCGAGACGAAAACAUUACACUCGCUGGUAACGGGACAUUCCCGAGCAACCAGGAGCUAUUCGCCGCGAUCAAUGGUGAAGGCGUAAGUGAUGCUGAUGCCAUGAGGUUGGCGACAAGGAUGAGUAUCGCUCCCGAAGAGAGGCUAGGCUCGCAUAGGGCCCGAAGUGAGCCCGGAGUCGAGCAAAAGGAUGUGAUGCAGAGUAUUGAGGUUGGAGUUGAAGGUACGGAGGUGGUGGAUGAUGGAUACGUUGAAGGAAGAGAAGAAUGA